UAAUUAAGUGUUUUGGGGGACCGUGUGGGGCAUUUAUAACGGGUGGACCCCCGAAAACACUCGAAAUGGAACUACUGGUUAUUCUUUGGUGAGACAAAGCUCCGACGUGUCCGCGGGGGUUCGAGGCAAAGUUCCCCUGUGCUCUGAAAGGACUUGUGCCGCUGCAACAACAGGUGACGAGGACGGCAGAGCAAUUAAAGAUGCUGGCCCGGAUAGAGACAGCGAUCCGGGGAGAAGGAGCGGAGGAGAGGCGAGAGGGUCGACCAAUGAGUAGCACCGCACUUCAACUCCCCUCCCAGGGUGCUGGAGUGAUCCUCCCGGCACCACUGCACCACCUUUAAAAGCCCAUCACGCUCAGCACGCUCCUGCAGGCCCCCCUAAUGGAAGACACAUCGGCAUCUACAGUUCAUUAACACGAGAAGCAAUGAGGUACAUGCCGUCCGAAAGAUGAAAAGUCAGAAUCACGAGCAGCAGAUGCUACGAUGGGAUUUCCCACGUUAGCGCCAUAAGUGGCUCCCCAGUCGGCGACUCUCCCACGCAUGAAGUCGGCGAAGCUGCCGACACUGAGAUCGAUCGCUGUCAACGCGCUGCCAUUCCUUGACCCCCCCUCCCCGGGGGGACGCGAUGGGCCUCCUUGGCUCUGAGUGAGGACCUGCAGACGAGGGACCAGCACUGGUGUGAUGCAGGAGACGGGAGGAGAGUGUGAGAGGAUCUGCAGGUCUUCAUGUCCUCACCUGUCACUUCUCAGUCCCAGGUGCCUCCUGAUCAAAACCAUGGGGAAGGCGGGGAGUAAAGUCCCGCGAGAGGUCCCAGUGGACGGGGUUCAAGCCCAGCCAACUCCCACUGAGGCCGCUCCUGCCGCCGUUAAAUUCGAAGGGCUCACCAAAACCAACAAGAUGAAGGUGAAAUGGACCCAGCUGGGUUUGGUGUUCUUCCUCGCUCUGUCGCUGGUCAUGACGGGAUGCUUCUUCUGGCAAUAUCAGCUGCCGAAACUUUUGCCAGACGAAGGGAUGGGUCGAAAUGCCAAUGCAGAGAUGAUGUGUCCUCGCCACCCGGAGCCGCUGCAGCUGGAGCACCCUAUCCCCGGCCUGAAAGAGGCCCUGGAGAAGGUGGACCUGGUGCUUCGGCAGAGCGUCAAUCCCAUCAGCCUCCCCUCUCUGUCGGCCAUCGUGAUCCUAAACGACACCGUUCUGUGGACCGGCAACUUCGGAAAAAGGAACGGCAGCGACCCCCUCUCGGGACCCCCGAACGAGUACACGAUUUACAGAAUCGCAAGCCUGUCAAAAAUCUUCCCGACCUUGAUGCUGUACAAACUGUGGGAGGACGGAAAGAUCGGCUCCCUGGACGACCCCCUGGAGAAAUAUCUGGAGAACUUCACCAUUAAAAACCCUCUGGGGAAGACGCGAGACUCUGAGCUGAAAUACGUGACGGAUGGCCUGAUAUUUCUGGACAGCGGCGAGGUUCAGGUCCGCUCGUCCUCCGUCACCCUGCGCAGGAUGGCCAGCCAGCUGUCAGGCCUUCCCAGGAGACUCCGCGCUACGAGUCUGCUCUGGAAAGGAAAAACGCAAACGGCUAUCAAUCUGCUGCAAGAUGACGUCCUUGUCGCAGACCCCGGCACAAAAUGUCACUACAGCAACCUGGCCUUCUCGCUGCUGGCCCACGUGAUGGCCGAGCGGGUGGCCGCCGUCGACUACCAGCGGUGGAUCGCAGACAACAUCCUGGACCGCCUGGGGAUGGAGGACACCGGCUUCGACGUCACCCCGGGGCUCCAGGGCCAGAUGGCCGUCGGCGUGUACUCCAACGGAAAGCCGGCCCCGCUCUACGACCUGGGCUGGUACCGGCCCUCGGGUCAGAUGUUCUCCACGGCCGCCGACCUGGCCAAGCUCGCCAUGGUGCUGCUGGGCGCGUACCACCGCAAGAUGCUGGACCCGGACUCGUUGAAGAUCAUGCUGACCCCGCUCUUCAGGUGCGACAAGGACUACUUCGCCAACCGCACGGGCACGCCGUGGGAGGUGAACGAGCUCAUGGGCUACGAGACGGUGCGAAAGGACGGCGAUCUGGACGGCUACUCCGCCACCUUCUCCCUCAUUCCCAGAAUGAAGCUGGGCCUGGUGGUGCUCAUGGCUGGCAGCCGGCCACAGGGCCAGGACUUGGUCGCCAAAGCCUACAACCACAUCAUACCAGCGAUUGAAAAAGCCUUCAGGGAGGGCAAUAAGGUCCUGUCCCCUCCACCAAACCCGGAACCUUACGUAGGCUUUUUCACUUACAGCAACAUCACCUUCUACGAGAUAAAAGUCGGGUCCGACGGAGUUCUCAUCAUGCAACAGUUUGGGCCGCAGAUUGAGGAGCUCAUUCCAGAGAAGUACAGGACAAUAAAACUCAACUACCUGGUUGACCGGGUGUUCAGAGUGGUGUUCGAGAAAGAGUACCCCUGUGUUUUGCGAGUCGGGACGGCCUCGGUGUCCCUGGAAGCCCAAGAUGGCCAACUGUUUAAUUUCUACGCGUUUGACAGGCGCGGUUUGUCCCCCGGCUUUGACACGCCGGGACUGAACACGUACAACGUGGUCAGGAUAGCACGCAAGCCGACCUUCUCCAGCUGAGCCGCAGCCCCGAGCCAACUGGCGGCAGCUUGAAAAUGACCUAGUGAAUAUCGAAAGAACGCGCGAUAAAGUCGGCGUCAUUUAGGCAAUCGAGGAUUGAUUGAGCAUCGUGCUCUUAAUUAACCUUCUGCAGAGAGAGGGACAGUAAUAUUUAAAAUGUCUUGCACAGAAAAUUAUUGACUUUCUCUGCUAAAUGAAGACUGUCCUUCAUUUCGCCUCCCAACAUUCACAUUAUGGUGAUACGGUGCAUGUGAUUUUCCCGGCUUCAAUUAAACCGAUGUUACAUUGUC